UGUGACCCCGCAGAAAAUGUAUUCGCCUGAAAAGAAAGUCGUACUGCUGCUGAGAGUUUGCAAAUUGAUUUAUACUGUUAUGGAGAAUAACUCGGGCUUCUCUGCUGGGUUUCGGACUCAGGAACUGGUACUUGUGGCUGGAUCCUUCCAGAAAGGGGACGUCAUCCGUGCAUGUAUAAAGAAAAUGCCCAUUGAUUUUCUCUUAGCCACUGACAGAAGUGCGGGUGGAGGUCAGGCCAGACUGGCAUGGCUGCCUCUUGUGAGUUCACCAGUUGAGCUGACGCCAAGGUGAGCCCAGUCUUUAAAUUCCCUUGCGUGCCUCAAGGUCUGCAUCAUCCAAUUUGUGCUCGUUAGAAGUACAGGAUGAAGCUGGACGCUGCCCACCAAGUGGCAGAUGCUGUUCUCUUUGCUGCACAUCUGUAACGAGAGGCUCUAGAGUAAUACAAACGUACUGGUCAGUAAAGGCAGCAAAAUAACGCUUUCCUUUCAAACACCGAAACUGGUCAAAGGGUGUGAUUUGUCUAUCGCUGCCUGUGUUCUCUUUGACCCAGGGAGGCUGUACGGAGCUGAUGACUUCUUGCCUGUGUUGACAUAUGUGCUGGCCCAGGGUGAUAUGCUGGAGCUGGAUACUGAAACUGAACACAUGGUGGAAUUGCUGGAUCCAUCUUUGCUGCAUGGAGAAGAACUGCCUUCGUGUUGCAUUCCAGGAAGUUAACGGUGCAUGUACAGGGAAGACCUUACUAGUAAGACCCUGUAUCACUACCGCAGAUGUAUGUCAGCUUUGUGCUGAAAAGUUUAUGGAGUGGACGAUCCAGAAGAAUACAGCCUGUUUCUUUUUGUUGAUGACACCCGGCAGCAACUGACAGAAGGUGCUCCUUACUGCUCUGAUGCUCUGUAUGUUCGCAGUACCGGGUAAGGCGGAAGGCUCUGUGGCUGGGGAAGAGUGGCUUGGACGUGUUGCUGCGCUCUCUGUUGCACCAGAAUUUCAACGGCUGGGUUUGGCUGCUAAAUUGAUGGAACUACUGGGAGAAAUUUCAGGAAAAAAGGGUGGAUUUUUCGUCGAUCUCUUUGUGAGCGUGUCAAAUCGGGUUGCAGUAAAUAUGUCUAAGCAGCUCGGCUCCCGUGUGUACCGGACAGUAUCGGAGCGCUACUCUGCUAGCAGUGGAGAGCCAGAUGAAGAUGCUUACGAUACGAGGAAAGCUCUUUGCAGAGAUACAGAGAAGAAAUCAAUUAUACCUCUGCCUCAUCCUGUGAGACCAGAAGACAAUGAGUAACUGUAAACUGUGAUUCUCAGACAACCUAGUGUCAGUUUCCUUCUCCCCAAAGCCCCCAAGAACUCUACAGAUGAGAAAUAUUAGGCUCAAUGUUUUUCCCCGUGAAAUACCAAAAAGCAACACUGAGAAGCUUCCCAACGCUGCUUCUGUCGGUAUUGGCUGCAUAUUCGUGCUCUUACCCUAUUGUUCUUCCUUUCGAACCGUGGCACUCUGGAGACUAUUAAAAUGGAAUUGCUUCCUGUAUGGUGGUGUCAUGGUUUUCCUUCUCGGCCACAAAACAGUCCCCUCACUUUGUCACUCUCACGGAGCCCUGCUCCGAAACUGAAAACGCCUGGCCGCUGCUCCCACACAGAAGGUGCCAGGAAGGAGUUCUGUUGCUGGCUCUCGCCUUCCCUUUGCAGCCAUAUAACUGCUGCGACAAAACCUGGGCUCCGUUCUUUCUGAGCCACAAAACCAGAAAUUGGGUACAUCACAAUACACUCUCCAGAACUCAGAGGUCUCUGUUUCUCUGUGCCUUUUACUUCCCUCAUUCCCUAAUUUAAUUCUUGGAUCCAUCUGUCCCUUCACAGUCUGUCUGGAUGUCACGGAUGCUGUUACUUGGAGGCAUUGACCAGGCACUUAGUUCCAACACAGGUUUCUGUCACUGUCUUCCCUGGAAUUUCUUGGAGAAGAGUGCAGAGGAGUGAAGGCAGAAGGUUGAUGAGCAUUGAUAACAUGCAGCUGUGACCUUGCCUCCAAGGCAGUGGGUUGAGG